AAAAAGUGCAUGCACUGCACACCACGUUGUUGAUAAAAUUCGAAUUCAAAAUCGAAUUAACAUAAAACAUGGACAACACCGAGGAGAGCGUAGAAUGGAGAAACAGACGGGAGAAAAGGGGCGAAGCGCCGACAGGUUUAACGCACGAGUGCGGCGUGUUCGGCGCCAUCGGCAACGAAAACUGGUCGAACAAUUCGGAAAUCGCCCAAUUCAUUUGCAUCGGCCUCGAGGCGCUACAACACAGAGGACAAGAAUCCACGGGAAUCGUGGUGAGCGAGGGCACCAACGACUAUCACUACCACAAGGGCAUGGGCCUGGUGAAGCACGUGUUCACCAACGACGGCAUCUCCAAACUAAAAGGCUCCCUCGGAAUAGGCCACACGAGGUACUCCACGAGCGCCAAAUCCGAGCAGAUCAACUGCCAGCCGUUCGUGGUGCACUCCAUGCACGGCGCCCUGGCGGUCGCGCACAACGGCGAGCUCGUCAACGCCGCCGCGCUGCGCAGACAGGUGCUCCAAGAGCGGCCUGUUCGAUCGCAUCGAAUCUACCUUUCGGUUUGCAGGUGCUGGCCAGAGGCGUGGGGCUGUCGACGCACUCGGACAGCGAAUUGAUCACGCAAGCGCUGUGCCUGAUCCCGCCCGACGGCGAGGUGAACGGGCCGGACUGGCCGGCGCGCAUCAAACACCUCAUGCGCCUCGCCCCGUUGAGCUACUCGCUGUGCCUGAUGCUCAAAGACAGGAUAUACGCCGUGAGAGAUCCGUACGGUAACAGGCCGUUGUGCUUGGGCAUCAUUCUACCAUCGGAUCACGAUCCUAUCAGUAACGAAAUCAACGGUUACCGACCGGAAGGUUGGGUCGUAUCGUCCGAAUCGUGCGCCUUCAUGCUAAUGACUCGAUAUUUGAGGGAAGUAUUGCCCGGGGAGAUAGUCGAGAUGACGAACAAAGGCGUCCGAACGAUCGACAUCGUACCGCCGCCGGAAAACAACCAUCUGGCGUUCUGCAUAUUCGAAUACGUGUAUUUCGCUCGGCCCAACAGCCAGUUCGAGGGGCAAGAGGUGUACUCGGUGCGGGUGCAUUGCGGAAUGCAAUUGGCCGUGGACCAUCCGGUCGAGGCGGACGUGGUCGGUUCGAUACCGGAAUCCGGUAACGCGGCGGCCUUCGGUUAUUCAACACAAUCGGGUAUACCGUUGGGGGAGCUGUUGACGAAGAACAGCUACGUCGGAAGGACCUUCAUCCAGCCGAACAACAGAUUGCGGCAGAUGAACGUGUCGUUGAAGUUCAGUCCUAUAUUGAGGAACGUGUCGGGCAAAAGGAUAAUACUGAUAGACGAUUCGAUCGUGCGCGGUAACACCGUGGGGCCCAUUAUAAAGCUGCUGAGGCGGGCGGGGGCCAAGGAAAUUCACAUACGAGUGGCCAGUCCGCCGUUGAAGUAUCCCUGUUUCAUGGGAAUCAAUAUACCGACGAGGAGCGAAUUGAUCAUGAACAAAUUGAAGGAUACUCGAGAGUUUGCAAAGAUAGUCGAUGCCGAUAGUAUCGAAUAUUUGAGCGUGAACGGUUUGGUUAAGGCGGUACAUAAAGAAAUCAAACCGGCCGUUAAACCUGGACAUUGUACGGCUUGUUUGACCGGCGAUUAUCCGGGUGGUUUACCGGAAGAAUUGGAUUGGUAGAAUUUUGGUGGAUUUUUUUCGAAUAAGAACAUUCCUCAGAUUACUCUCUAUACAGGGUGUUCCAAAAUGACAUGCUAAUAUUUAAUGGGGGUGUGUAAGAAGUCGCCUCCUUAAAUACUAGAAUGUCAUUUUGGAACACCCCGUAUACAUACAUAGACUUUAAAAGUUAAUUAUAAGAUUAUUAUAAUACCAGUAACAGUAUUUAUGUUAGUAUGUAAGUAAAUUUUGUUAAUUUUACUCAUAAUGAGGGUUGUUUUAGUUUAUACUUAUAAAUUAAGGGCCGAAGAGAGAUCUAUCAAGUUUCUGAUUUAAUCGAUACAAUCAAAAUACACUUAGCUUACUAACAAAUAUUGCGAUUUAAUAAAAAAUAUCCGCAUUUCGAAUCGAAAAAUCGAGGUCCCGCUUCCGCUAUAUUAUUAUUAAUUAUACUACUAUAUAAAAAAGAAUCACAGCAAAAACACAACAUUCCGAUAAAAAAAUAAUACGCGAACGAUGGAAACUAAACGAUUUCGACGGAAACGGGAUCGGGUUUUUCGGAAAUUUAUCGAUCGCAUUCGGAAGUCCAGGCGUUUCGAGGAAUGUAUGAUAAAUAAAUGAAAUUGUCGCACAAUUUAAGGUAAUUUCUGUUGAAUAAUUAAGGAAUUAAUUACGUUUCAAUAUGUAAUUAUUAACGUUAUGUUUGUAAGGUUGUUAAAUUUUAUUAAAAAUUUCACUAAUGAUUUCAUAAGAUGUAGUUUUAUGAAAAAAAAAAAAAAUAAAAAAAGUACUCUCCAUUGUUCCUAAAAAUGAGCCAAUAAAUUAAUCUGCAACGAAUUUGCGACGUUAUUUCACUCUUAAAAAUUAAGAUGGCACUUUUGAAGAAACCACCCGAUCUCCGAUUGCGACGCAAAGUAUCAAUUACAAAGGCAAAAAACCUAAUUUUCUUUUUUUUUCGUUAAUACUACAAUUGUCAUAUCUUAAACGGUAAAUCCUUAACGUCUAAUUAACUGAGUAUUCAGCGUAUACAUAUAGUCAUAAGAAGCACCAAUAUGCUUAAAAUACAUAUAUAGUUUCGAAAUUCAA